AGGGAAGAUCCGAUCCAAUUCCAAUCCAAAAAAUAUGGAUGCAAAUUAAAAAUUAGGGUUCCGAUUCCAUUUCACAUCCGCAUUCAUUUCUGUUGUGUCGUUGUGUAAUAGCAUCGCUUGGAUCGAAGAAGAUGGGGAAACAAAUUGUGCCAGUGAAAUCGGUGAUCUAUGCACUCUCCCCUUUCCAGCAGAAGAUAAUGACCGGUCUCUGGAAGGAUCUUCCAACCAAGAUUCAUCACAAAGUCUCCGAGAAUUGGAUCAGCGCCACUCUCUUACUGGCUCCCCUCGUCGGCACCUACACGUAUGUUCAGAACUACCAGGAAAAGGAGAAGUUGGCUCACAGGUACUGAGCUCACGCCAGAUUGGAUAAACCUUCAACAUUGUUGCUAUACUCUUGUUUAGCCAGCCAAUAACGUGACUGUUGAAACUCGCUCUUACCCUUUGGUUUUGAGAUGUCUAUGAAUUUGAGCCUUUCCAACUUUGACAGUACUUAUUGAUAUAGUCUACUACAUUUUACUCAUCUAUAUUACUUCAUAUUAUAAAGGACAAGGUAUGUGUUGUCAAUAAUGCCAGAGUUAGUUUGACAAAAUGUGUUGGCAUGUAAACUCUAGGAUGGUUGAGUUGCUUUUAUCUUUUUUAAAUUCAAACAACCAUUCUUACAUAAUUGCUAAAUUUUGCC